GUAAACAAACUAGAGGAGGAGAAAACAGCGCAAGCACCAGGGACUUCGCAGGCUGGGCUCUCGGGGACUCUUUUGUACCUGUUUCUAUUCAUUUUAUACACUUUGUAUUCGACUGUUUUCCUAAAGCACUUUUACUACUUUGAUAUUCAGGCGUCGGGUGUUUUAUUUGUGUUUGAUUUCCUGUAACUAGCUUGGUAACAGUGUAAGGAAAUACCUCGAGUCUCGACGGUUCAGCAAAUAGAAACAAAAACACAAAAAACAGGUGAAUCGUCGGAGGAUAUUCAAUGCUACGUUUCGCGGCGCGACAGCUGUCAUCGUGAUCACAUAUCAGAAAAAAACGACACGCAUCUAGAUUUAUUCAAACGAUGACUGCUGUGCUGAAUAUCCAGAGGUUACUGGAAGCAGCCGACUAUAUAGAAAGGAGAGAAAGAGAGAGUGAACACGGAUAUGCCUCGACCUUUCCGUCUGUUCAGCACUCCAGCUACCAGAGACAAAGGAAACAUCGAAAUAAAAAGUGCAGCAACAACCACAACAGGUCCACACACAAUGAGCUGGAGAAAAAUCGGCGAGCCCACCUUCGUUUGUGUCUGGAGCGACUGAAGACUCUCAUUCCGCUGGGACAAGACUGCAGCCGCCACACCACUCUGGGACUGCUCAACAAGGCCAAAACACACAUAAAGAAACUGGAGGAAGCGGAGCGUAAGUCUCAGUAUCAGUUGGAGAGUUUGGAGCGAGAGCAGCGUCACCUCCGGAGGCGACUGGACCUGCUGCGGGGCGGCGGGGGUGUGCUGGAGGGCGAGAGGAUACGCACUGACAGUGUAGGCUCCACCCUCAGCUCCGAGAGAUCCGACCGCUCUGACUCCGACCAAGAAGAGAUGGAGGUGGAUGUGGAGAGCACAGAGUUCUGUCAUGGAGAGCUGGACAGCGUCAGCACAGCUAGCACCAGCGAUCUGGACGACCACAGCAGUCUACAGAGCACUGCCAGCGAUGAGGGCUACUCCUCCUGCAGCAUCAAACUGGCCUUGAGCUCAUAAAACGAGCUCCCCUUUACACACACACACACACACACACACACACACUAUCCCAGCCCUCGAAGUGAGUCCUGCCUCCUACCCACCUUUCCCUCCUCGACCAAUCAGAGACUCUUAUUUAAGUCAGGUGACCAGAACACCGCCCGCCCUAUAGAAUGCCUGAUGUGUUGUUUUAAGUUUGUGAAUGUAUCUGAGAGAAUAUGAGUGAGAUGGAAACAAUCUGUGAUUGUGAUUAUAAUUGCAUUAUUAGAUGGUUACAUUCCUGAAUAAGAGACUUUUCUGAUAAUUGUCAUUAUCCAAAUCCCCUUUUUCCGAAAGGAAAGCCAAAAUGUAUAAAAAUAGAUGUUUAAUUUUUAAUUCAAACCCCUGAUUGUUAAUUCUCUACAUGAAUGGGUCGUGAACUGGUCACUAGUGAAACAUUCAACUAAACCCACCCAAAUUGGAUCACCUGACAUGUGUAACUCCAUAUCAACCCAAGAAACCCAAACCUGUUGAUUUCCUUCACACCCGGUCUAAUGGUUCUAACGUCGCUGCUCAACGGCGAUGAGGACUGUCAUUGGUGCUACGUGACAAAACCAAUAAAGCAGAAAGAUCUACUGCGUUCAUCAAAGACGACUGAAAAUCUACGAUCCCAUGGCUGUGGGAAUUUUUGGUGCAUUAAACUGUGGAGCUACUUUCCACGCAGCAGCUAAAACCCAGCGAUCUUGCACUCGACCGCGUAGAGCCCUCUGUAGAACUGGCGCCACGUCAGAGAAAUAUCCACCCCUGUGUUUAACUAUAGAUGUCUCUUCUGGCAGAAGUAAGCAAUAAACUCUUGUAGUCAGAUCAACACAUUAGCACUCCUACUCCUGAGACACAACGCUC